AUGCCGGACGGCCCUGGCCCCCUUGUGCUGUGCUGGAGGGUGGGGGCGGAGUCCCGCGCUAUUGGCCCUCUAGUCAACAUCCUCUACCCGCGUCCACCAGCAGGGGGCGGCUGGUGCCGGGCAGGCCCACGGCCCAGGAGCCCUUCCACGGGCGAGGGCCAGGGCCAGGGCUGCCCGCCCUCUGUGCUCUGGAGCCCCGACCAGUCCCUGGAGAAAGAGACCCCAAAGUCAGAAGCCUUGAAAAUGGUGCUCGUCCCCGGGAAGGGCCUGGCUGCUGUCCUGAGGACACUGCCCAUGUUCCACGACCAGGAGCACGCCCGGGCCCGCGGGCUCCCUGAGGACACCUUGGUGCUGCCGCCUGCCAGCGGCGACCAGAGGAUCGUUUACACCGUGCUGGAGUGCCAGCCUCUCUUCGACUCCAGCGACAUGACCAUUGCUGAGUGGGUGCAGAUCGCCCAGACCAUCCAGAGCCACUACGACCAGUACCACGGCUUUGUGGUCAUCCACGGCACCGACACGAUGGCCUUUGCCGCCUCCGUGCUGUCCUUUGUGCUGGAGAACCUGCGGAAGACAGUCGUCCUCACCGGCGCCCAGGUGCCCAUCCACGCGCUGUGGAGCGAUGGCCGGGAGAACCUGCUGGGGGCCCUGCUUAUGGCCGGCCUGUACGUCAUCCCCGAGGUCUGCCUGUUCUUCCAGAACCAGCUGUUUCGGGGCACCCGGGUGACCAAGGUGGAUUCGCGCAGGUUCGCAGCCUUCUGCUCCCCCAACCUGCCCCCGCUGGCUGUCAUGGGCGCUGACGUCACGAUCAACCAGGAGCUGGUGCGGAGGCCGCGGGGGCCGGCACAGCUGGUGGUGCACAGCGGCAUGGAGCAGGAUGUGGGGCUGCUGCGCCUGUACCCCGGCAUCCCCGCCAGCCUGGUGCGGGCCUUCCUGCAGCCCCCCCUCAGGGGCGUGGUCCUGGAGACCUUCGGCUCAGGCAACGGGCCCACCAAGCCGGAGCUGCUGCGCGAGCUGAGGGAGGCGGCCGCGCGGGGCCUGCUGGUCCUCAACUGCACCCACUGCCUGCAGGGCGCCGUCACCUCCGACUACGCGUCCGGCACGGCCAUGGCUGGGGCGGGCAUCGUCUCCGGCUUCGACAUGACGUCCGAGGCCGCCCUGGCCAAGCUGUCCUACGUGCUGGGCCAGCCGGGGCUGAGCCCCGAGGGCAGGAAGCAGCUGCUGGCCAGGGACCUUCGGGGGGAGGUGACGCUGCCUGCGGCCGAGGAGAGCCGGGCCUCCCUCCCGGGGGGCGUGCUGGGCCGUCAGCUCGCCCAGCUCCUCAGCCUGAGCCAGGAGGCCGAUGCCGUGCGGGACGUGCUAGUGCCCAGCCUGGCCUGUGCCGCCGCCCACGCCGGUGACCUGGAGACCCUGCAGGCGCUGGCCGAGCUGUGUCCCAACACCCGCAGCCCGCCCAACCGGUCUCCCGGCCUCACACCCUGCCGGGCCUGCGGAGCCGGGAGUGGCACCAAGGGGCCACCUGCCCCCACGGCUCCUUGGGCGGGGCUGGGGCCUGUGGCCGCCCCCUCUCGUGGCAGGCAUCAGGGCGUCAUCAACCUGCUGCGGAAAGCGGGGGCCUGCCUGUCCCCCCAGGAGCUGGAGGAUGCGGGGACAGAGCUGUGCAGGCUGGCGUCCAGGGCGGACCGAGAAGGCCUGAGGGCGUGGUGCCAGGCUGGGGCUGACCCGGCACUGCCCGGCUACGAUGGGCGCAGCGCCCUGCACAUUCCUGUGGUGAGCGUCUCCUGGGCCGAGGGCCCGGGCGCCGAGGGAGCCACAGCCCAGCCCCCCACGCGCCAGGAGGGGCCCUCCCGGCGGCGUCCACUCUGGGACCCGGGCGGCCUGGCCGCAGCAGUCGCUGACUGCCCAGGAUCCCGGUCUGGGAAGCGACGGCCUCGCUGGCUGUGGCCGCCGGCGCCGGGCGCCCCUGGACAGACCCCCGAGCCCCGAUCCCGGCCCGGCAGCGCAGGCAGGAGCGCAGGCGUGUGCCCGUCGCCCCGUGCUGCCGGGCCCCACGCAUUAAGAGGGACAGGGAAGGACGAGUCCUGCGCCUCCCGUGAGCCUGGGCACCGACCCGGCGGGGUGGGGCCACCCCUGACCCGCUUGAGCCGGGCCCAGUAUGGGCGUCGCCCCAGCGAGAGCGGGGACCUGACGCCAGCUCUGCAGACCUGCGGCGUUUCAGCCCGGCAAGCGCACUGCCUGGCUGUGUGGCCUGGCCGGCGCCUGCCCCUCCAGCCUGCCGGCAGCUGGGGUGUGGCGGGGCUCUGCGCGGUGAUGUGGACGGGUCGGAGGCAGUAA